GAAUUUUUUGAUGUGUUCAAAGGACUUGGUUGUCUCCAUAGAGAGCAUCACAUUACAGUAUACCCAUCAGUACAACCAGUGAUACAUCCGCCAAGACGAGUACCACUAGCGUUACAGCCAAAACUCAAGCAGAAAUUAGAUAGUUUGUUAAAAAAUGAAAUAAUGGAAAAGAAAGAUGAGCCAACAAAUUGGGUAAACAGCUUGCUUAUUGUCGAAAAGAAAGAUGGAUCAUUAAGAUUAUGCCUCGAUCUCAACAAAUCUCAAAUAAAUCUCAACAAGGCAAUAAAAAAGAACUUUUUUUAA